GGUCCAUUUGCUUAUAGCCAAUCGACAGGACUCUAGUAUUUUGACGCUCAAGUUGGCCAAAGUGAGUGAACGUGCUAGAGAAUUUUGCCGCCUUGCAUUGGACACUACUGGACGUUGUUAAACAACUGAAGAUUCAAAUUCCUUCGACCCCUUCGACUGGUCUCGUAGGAGGUAGCACGUGGUAGCACGCUUGCAGGUUUCGUACUUUUGCUCCUUCCUCGCGAAAACACAACCAUGCAACCGAGUUCGAUCCGACGAAGAUCGUCCAGUAAUCCCGUAAGGAAAUCCACGAUCGAACGGGAGGACAAGAACUUUCCUCGGAAUGAUCAACGAAGGACUCAGACGUUGAAACCGAAGGGAAUCUCGACCGGUGAAACUUCCCAUAUACCCAGGGCUCGUUUUCGAAGGUCCUCCAGCGACCGAGCGGGAUCUCUCGGCAGAAAAUCUUAUUUGAAAAUGACAGGCAGAACUCCACUACAGCAACCGACAACUCCAACGCGUACCCCAGUGAGACUCUCCACCAAGCUUAGUGCGCCAAGCGCAGCGUUUACAUCAAGUUGCAACAGACUUCACGCACCGUUGUCAACUGAUCGAUCGCCGUCUGGCGACCGUGCUAGCAGCGUGGGAACUAAGGGUCCCAGGAAGGAUACAAGGCCUCUAACGGACAAGGCUUAUCAGAUAGCUCUGCUAAACAAGAUAGAUUCGUUCUUUUAUGUAAAUCAGUGCUCGACGAUGCUAAACAGCAACGGCAGUUUGAAGCCGAUUACAUUGAAGAUGUUCAUGGAGGUCUCCAGCUUCUUACUGAAGUACUUGGAUGUCAAGCAUGAUCUCACAAUGACAAAUUACACAGAUGAAUUACCGAAAUGUGCGAAGAAGCUACACUACCCCGGUACGAUGACAAAAUCAUGGCUGAAGACUGCCAAUACGAUGCACUCGUGGCCCUAUGCUCUUGGUUGGAUCAGCUGGCUGGUGGAAGCGUGCCAGGUGAAAGAACUCGCGAUCAAGAGAUACCAACUGGAAACUUUGCCGUACGUAGGAACGCAGCAACAGGAGGCAAGUUUCAACAUGGAGUUUCAAACACUGUUGGAGUGCUACAAAGCUUGGAAUGACGAAAAACUUGAUGAUGAGGCGGAAAUAUUGGAGCAAUAUCUGCAGAAUGUUGUAAUUCAGCAAGGCAUUACCGAGAACGAUUUAGCUCAGGCGCAUGAAGAAUUGGAAGAGAAAGUAAUUGAGCUACAAAUGCAUGAAAAAGAGUCAAUAGAAUAUGAUAAAAAGAUUGAACGGCUACAGCAAAAAUUAGCGCUUUUGCAAGCCAAAGAACUUCAAAAAUUAGACCAUAUUAAAGCCACGGAGGAUAAUAUAAGUAAGCUUUGCUCCGAGACACAACAAUUAAAUACAGAAUGUAAAGCUUUGAAUGAACAAAUUCAGAAAGGAAACAUACAGUACAAAGAAUUGCAUUCAAUUAUGAAGAAUCAACCAAUGUCUAAGGCUGAAAAGGAAAGCAUCGUUAAAGAGUGCACGGAGAUUCAAAACUACAUACACCAAUUUGACGAGCACUUGAAAGAUUACCAAAAGGAAGCGUACACUUUGGAUAUCAAAUUAGCGAACCUCAAUAAUAGUCUUAAUAAAGCAAUAUUAGCCCAUAAUAAAAAGGUCUUCAUGGAUAGUGAUAAUGAUGUUGGUCUAAAUUUCGCUGAAUUAAAGCUUCCGGAAAAAGAAUUCUUGAAUGUACAGGUAACGGCUAUAAUGGAAGAAAAGGUCUCUUUGAUAAAAAUAUUUAAGGAAACUUUGACGAAGCAGUGUACCGAGAUAGAUUCUUGUAUUCGUUCUGAAAUCAUGAAAAAGAAGAAAGUGCAGGAAGAAAUCAAAUCUUUUCCGAGUGAAGACAAAUUGCAGAAAGAGAUGUCUGACAUUAAAAAAAUGAAGUCAGAUCUGAAAACCGAGAAAGCCAACUAUAUGAAAAUGUUAGAAACCGUAAGAAACGAAAUUAAAGAAAUACAUGAUUCGAUGCCAGAUCUACAAGCAAAAGAUCUCGAGAUAGAAGAGGCACAAGACAAAUUAGAUGCAGUUAUAAGAAGACAUACGUUUCUGGAACAAAGAGCCAAACAGUUUUUCGGAGAACUUUAUAAAGUCAUCGGUGAACAUAGAAGAGAGCUUCAUAAUAUUUUAGUAAAAGACAGAACGAAAUAAAAUUACAUCUUGUAAGGAAUAGGUGAGAAACGCGCCGGCGCAGAUCACCCAUUCUAUCGAGCACUAGAAUGCGCAUGUCACAGACGCGAGCGGCCAGUAAAACGGCGCUUCGUAUCGCGCAUGCGCGAACCCGCGGAGCGAGCGUACAUACUCCACGCGCGAACAAGGGGACUCCACUCUCCUCCGAGAAGAGAUCCCAGGCAGAAGGUAGCAAAAACCAGGAGUAUCUCGAGAGUCUUCGUAGUCUCGCGCGCGAGCUUAUAUUUCGCCGUCAAAGUGUCGGUUAAGUAGUUUGUAAAUUCUUGUACUAUCAAUUUAUUUUGUUAAAUAUAUACAACGUUGACUAGUGCUACGAAUCUAAUUAGUUUCUCUCAGUCGAAACCGCCCAACCUGCUAUCCUGAGCGAUUUUCCUCGGCACUAUCCUUUCAGAUUUCAGAAGUGGGAUUCCCACUCACUUCCCGCCUCAAAGAGGGCUGAGAGAAUCUUCGGGCCGUAUGGUAAAGACCCGCAGAAAUUUAGCCAUGGAGAAAGCUAAAUUCGAGGGCCUCUCC